AUGUCCCUUGUGGAGAAAAGUUGCCUGUUCUACAUGCUCGUAGCCUACCUGUGUGAGCUUAAAGAGGUGGUGAACAGUGCCUAUGCAGAGACUGUGGGUACUUCAGAACUCAUGCUCAGCCCCUGUCAGAUAUAUGGCAGGCUCCUCAAGGAGGAUGACCUCCAUGUACAGAAUGAGAACCAGGCUUUCCUGGCCCUGAUCUAGUACGUGACAUUCAGGAAAGAAGAAAGAUAAACAUAUUCCAAUAAGAUUUUUGCCUAUAUCCACUCACCUGGGGUCUCAGCCAACACACUGGUGGCUACCAGCCAUGACAUGCUGAUGCUCAACAGUCAUUCUGGCCCUCUGGCUCAGAUGGAAAUGAUUUUGAGUGACAGGAAGCAAGAACAUGCUUGAAGACUGCUUCUUUUCCAGAGGAAGGGGUCAUUAAUGGACUCUGUAAUGAUUUUAGGAGGCCAGAAAGAGGAUGUAAGAUUUAGUGAUGAGGGUUCUGCUUAUACUUUUGAGCUUACAUGUUUGGCUUACAUGUGGCUGAAACUGACAGAGAUGCCGCGUAAUGCAACUGCUCCUAGUGCAACAUUAGCAGUUAGUGUCACUGGAGGAGUAACAGACCAUAUCACUACCUCAAAGACAGCUCAGAACAAUGCCUGGACUGAGGUACUGCCUAUAGGUUUGGUCUUCCACAUCAUGGUGACCUGUGGAGGAGUAGUGUACUCCCUUGGGGAUUGUGCUGAUGCAAGGAAAUAGGUCUCUAACACUUGCAAGUAUGGUGAUGGGAGGAAAGAGAACGGGACUCUGACUGGGAAAAUAAGCAUUCCCAUGGAUGCUACUGCCUUGAUGACCAAGGAAAAAAAGUCAUGUUAGUUUAUAUUGUGACAAGGCAGCUGAAUGGGUGCUUCCUAUGUGUUCAGAUGGUGGAUUACUUUGACACUCAAGACAGGGAAAGUGGUGCAAUACCUCACCUUCCGUAUUGAAUUCAGCCAUAAACCUUUGUUGUCUUUUCCACAGGAAAACAUCCUGAGUGUGCACAGCCCCCCCCCAAAUUUUUUGAUAUCACUUGCAGAAAAAGAAGUGAGCAAAUUAGUGAACAUGGUUGCGAUAUUACCAAAUACCUGCACUUUAGAUUUGUUGCAUCCAGUGUGCUCAGUUGGAGACCACAAGGAGGUCCCUCUUGUAUGGAGGCAUUGUUUAUGUAGAUGA